GAUUUCUCCUCCAAAUACACUCAACUUGAUAUAGAGAGAGAGAGAGAGAGUGAGAAGAGAGAAAUCAACGCUCUCUAACUCUCUUCUUAUUUUCUAUUCUCUCUUGCGUUUGUUCAUGCCAUCAUUAGCAACAAAGGUAACACAAACACAACUCUUCAAGCUUUGAUAUUUUUCUUCUUCCAAACUCAACUACCAAAGAAGCUAGUAGUAACCAACCAUAUCUUUACUUUGCUUUGCUUUGCUUCACUACUCAUUCUCUUCACCACUCUUCUUUCCCCUGUUUUUCUGCCUUAGAUCUUGCACUUAGCUUCCAAUUUCGUUCAAACUCAUUGCAACUUUCACUUUUUCUCUCUGAAAUCACUGCAACAAGUGAUGUGAUGCAAUUUUCUCGUGGAAUUCAGGAUUAACCGAUCUGGGUUCGUGACAACUUUUCUUCUUUUUCAUUCUUCCUCUGUGAUCCUCUGUUCCCGGUUUUCUUGAAUUCAAUGGAAGAAGAACAAGAAUUCAAGCAUGUUUGCAAGUUCUGCAGCAAGAGCUUCCCCUGUGGUAGAUCCUUGGGGGGUCACAUGAGGUCUCAUGUCACCAACUUGUCUUCUAAGACAGAGGAGAAAGGAAAGAAGGUUUUGUCUCAGAACAAUGGUGGAGAUUGCAACACUGGUUAUGGUCUCAGGGAGAAUCCAAAGAAGACUUGGAGAUUUGCAGAUUCAAGUGAAGAAGACACUUCAAUUAUGGUGAUCACUGACAAGUUCUGCAAGGAGUGUGGCAAAGGUUUCCAAUCUUGGAAGGCCUUGUUUGGCCACAUGAAAUCCCACUUUGAGAAACAAAGAGUAGUUUCAAAUUCUACUAGCUUGGAGGAUCAAGAUUCAUGGACUAAUAGUAAUAAUGCUAUUGCUAAUGCUACUACCACCCAGAAGUUGAUCAUGGAUUCUCAAUCUGACAAUGAAAUCACUGCUCCAAAACGAAAGAGAAGGUCAGAGAGAAGAACAAGGUACACAGGUUCUGCUUCUGCUGCUGCAACUUCUUCUGUUUCCUUUGCCAAUCCUGGUUCUUCUUCUAUUUCUGAUGUUGAACAUGAGCAAGAAGAGGUUGCUAUGAGCUUGAUGAUGCUUAGUAAAGAUUUGAGUCCUUGGAGUGGUCUUCAUUCUCGUGCUGAAUCCUCUGACAACAACUCUGCUAACUUCGAAGCUCCUCGAUCCUCGGUUCGAACUAAUCUAGUUACUAGAAUUGAAGGAAACAAGAAGUGGGAGUUUGCGAAUUCAAUUCCUGCAAAUUUCAAGUCUAAAGGGAAAAGUUCAGAGCUUUUGUCCACUGAGUCUCCUGAAAAUGAGUUCAAAAUGAAGAGAAGUGGAGUUUCCCUUAAAGAGUUCAUCAAGAAUGGAAAAUCUAACAGCAAGUCUGAGCUUGAUUUUGAAGGUGAACAGGGGAAAAACAGAGUCAAUGGAACAGAGUCAGUUUUAUCAAAAUACAGUUCAAUCAAGACCAAGUUUCUGGAUGCUGAAUUGGAGUCAAAUUCCUUGAAGAAUCGUGUGAAAAGGCCUUUGGAAUGUGAAUUCAGCAAGAACUCUCAUAAGAGAGGCAAGUUUGAGUGUACUACUUGCAACAAAAUCUUCCACUCCUACCAAGCUCUUGGUGGCCACAGAGCUAGUCACAAGAAGAACAACAAAGGGUGCUUUGCUUCAAAAAAUGAGAGCAGUGAAAACAGCAUUGAAACUGAGCCAAAAACUGAAAUCAAGCUCAAGAAGAGCAGUGGAAAUGAACAUGUUGAACAUGAACUUGGUGCUGGUCUUAGCAAUGAGGUAGAAAGAGUGAAAGAGUCCAAGAAGAACAAAGGUCAUGAGUGUCCAAUUUGCCUUAAGGUUUUCCAAUCUGGACAAGCCUUAGGUGGCCAUAAGAGAUCUCAUUUGUCUGGUAAGUCUGAGAUUAGAAACUUUCAACCACUUGCUGUAGUUCAAAAACCAGUGCCAGAAAUAAGGGACUUCCUUGAUCUUAAUCUUCCAGCUUCUACAGAGGAAGAAAGCACUAGUUAUGCUGAUUCUAGCAGGCCCUGGUGGGUAGUAGACUAGAAGGCAACCAUAGUAGUUCUGCAGUUCAUAGUGUUCUCCUUCAGUAGUUCAACUUCAGAGUGAAGAUUCAGCAGGUGUUCGAAAAUACUUCUACAAUUAAUUCUGCAGUCAAUUAUCGGAAAAAAACUUCUUUGAGCAGCUUCCGUGUGUCGGAGUUAAUUCUGGUGAAAGAGAAGUCAAUUCAAACAUGCUAUCAAACUGUAUAGAAAUAUUUCUGCAUUUAUUCCAUUGAUUCUUUACAA